AAAACGAUAGAACAUUGUGUUGUGAUGGCCAGCGAGGAUGGCGGCUAUAAAACUGCAACCGUGGUGGUAUCCGAUCGCCAUCAACCCAAUUAACACGAGAAAUUUUCGCAUGUGAUUGAGUAUGGGACGAUGAUGGUUAUAACUCUCACAAAAAUAAUUGACGAAUACACUUCUAGAAUAGUUUUGGGCACCCCAUCCAGUACGGAUACUUGUACUCGCACGCGGGGAGAUUUUGCAAACUCAUCUUCGUACCCAUGAUUUCAGAAUACACGUGGGUAAUCUUCGUACCCAUCGAGUUUGACAAAUUCAGUAAAGAUAAAAAUGUGGAGUACCAGAAAACAAUGGACUCCACUCUAUAACAAAAUGACUUCUCGAAAAGAAAAGGGAAAUCAUGAUGGAGAUGUUGAAAUGCACGCUAACAGAGAAAAUUUUGCCUAAACAUUGUUUAUCUGAAGCAACAAACACAACUUAUAUGCUUCAUUAACAUGUAUUGAUAUCAAUUUAUAUUGUGAUUCGCGUAGUCCCACCUGUCUCCGAUGGUUUGGAGCGGGUAUUACCUUACUUGCAGUAGCAUGAGGUGGUACAUAGACAAUUUUUCACCGAUGACUACGUUUAUUAAGCAAUAAUUUUUUUGAAAAAAUUAUUUUCAUAAUAUUUAGGGUCUUUUUUCAAAAGAGCAUUUUCCUUGGAUUUUUAAAGCUACGAAUCAUGGAUUGGAGCCGAGACUAUUCAUCACCGAUGAUUAAGUCUAUUAAGCAACGAUUUGGACAUCUUUCUUUCGGGUUCAUUUUUGGCAGAUUGAAAAGGGGUAGCAUUGUAGAUUUCAUACGAUUUUUUCUAAAGACUAUUUUCCUUAGACUUUGCAGGCUACAGAUCACGAAUUUGGUCUGGGGCUAUUCUCCACUAAUGAUGAAGUCUAUUAAUCGCAUAUUUGGGUGGGUUUUAUUCGGAGGGCAUUUUCGUAAUUGUUGGACGAAAUUUUCCAAAAAGUAAUAUUACUUGGAUUUUGAAAACUACAAAUCACGAAUUCUACCAGUCUCUCUUAAGCAACGAUUUUGGCGAUUUUUUUUGGAUUCAUUUUUGGCAGAUUUCAAAGGGGUGUGAACACAGAUUUCAGACCAUUUUUCUAAAAGACCAUUUUUCUUGAAUUUUGAAUGCUACAAAUUAUGGAUUUGGCCUGAUGCUAUUUUUCACCGACAAUUAAGUCUCUUAAGCACCGAUUUUGGUGAAUUUCUUUUCGGGGUCCAUUUUUGACACAUUUCAAGGGGGUACCAUCAUAGAUUCCAGACAAUUUUUUUGAACAGUCAUUUUUCUUGGAUUUUGAAUGCUACAGAUCACGAAUUCGAUCUUAAACUAUUCUCCAUCGAUGAUAAAGUCUAUUAAUCACAAAUUUAGGAGGAUUUUUUUUCUAAUAAGAUUUUCUUAAUUUUUUGGCGAUUUUUUUCGAAAGAUCAUUUUAAUUUCCUUUGAUUUUGAUGAUUAUGUAUCAUGGGAUUCGAUGGUGAAAGUAACAAGUUUAUACUUCUCAGGACACUUCCUUUCUCUUCUUCUUUGACCCGCACCUACUUGUCUUCUCGUAGUUGUCAUAUGGCUGCAAGGGAAAGGAUCCCGCCGAGACCAAAACUCUCCCACACUCCCUACCCAUCCUAGCCACCAUUUUUGUAAUCUAAUGUUUGGCUCCUGUCUGCUGGCCGGCGAAGUGCUAGCUAGCUCGCUCAUGAUAUAUAUAUAUAUCUCAUGAGUCUCAUUAAGCUUGCGGUGAUGAUGCAAGAACAAUGUCCGCUCAAUCAUCGUCGACAUCCGCUGUAGUCAUGAUGGUCACGAUCAUAAUGUGUCGCUGUUGCGGGCUAAGCAGCAGCUCCUACGAGCGCUUGUGCGACUCCAACGACCCGUCGGGCCUCUGCAAGGGAAGCGACAGCAGGGGCCGCUGUAACCACGAGUACUUCGACGGCGGGAUAAAAUUCCAAGCGGCCGUGAUCGACCGGCUCGGGAUGGAUUACUAUCUGAAGGGCACGGUCUCCGGUUGCCUGAAAAUGGAAAUUGCUGGUGUGGCUCCUGCUGUGUACACCUAUUACUGCUGCAGCGGGACCGUUAGUCAUUGCGAGGACUCAGGGGCGGCCAUGGGCCUGUGCGGACAGGCCCGCCCGCACAGGGCCUCAUAAAAUUGGGGGCCUCCAUCUAAUAUAAUACUAAGUAGUAGGCUUAAAUUGAUUGACUAAAUUCUGGGCCUUUUAUAAUGUUAUGGGCCACGAUAAAAAUCUCCUAAUUAUAUAUGACUUCUAGUUUUAGGGCUUCUUUUUUUUAGCCCACUCAUAAUAAAGCAAGACCAUGGAGAAGGGAUUGAUUGGUCUGAUAACAAGUGGGCCUCUGGCUGCACUUUUCCAUCACCUCAAUCUCCCAUUCCCACGUCUUCACCCUACCAAGUGGCAACGGUAACAAAAGUAAAAAUAGCCACUGCAAGGGAAUUAAACUUACUUUCCCGUUAUUAUAUUGCCGUUGCCUUGCAACGGGUAAAAAUAGCAUUGGUAUAAAUAUUUAGUAUACCAUUCAAACAAUCUACUUCUACUCAUCUUUCAAUCUUUCUCAUUGUUCUUUGAUUCUCCUCUUUACUUUUCUAAAACUAUUCUCAUAUUUACUCAAUCGAGCUCCCGUAAACUAUUUAGAUGCGUCUAGUAUUUAUAUUAAUUUCUUCACUUACUAAGAGAUUUGAGCAAUAUAAACAUUUUGAGUCUAUUUUUGGUUUCUUGUUUAGCUAUAAGAAGUUGUAUUCUUUGAGUGACACAUGUCUUAAGUCUUCGUGCAUGGAUAUUGAAAAAGUACUUAAGAAUAAUGAGCAUUCUGAUAUUGAUGGCAAUGAUUUAUAUGGUGAGCUUAAGUUGUUACAUGACUUUUUGCCCAAGGAAGCUUUACAACCAAUUUAAAUUUUGAAUUUUCUAAAACGUGUUGAUUGUUUUCCUAAUGCCACAAUAGUAUAUAGAAUCUUGUUAACUAUCCCUGUGACUGUUGCUACUACAGAGAGAAGUUUUUCUAAGUUGAAGUUGCUGAAGUCCUAUUUGCGUUCUACAAUGACACAAGAAAGGCUUAAUGGAUUAGCUAUGGUGGCGAUUGAGAAUGAUCUCCUGGAGAAUGUAAAAGUCGAAGAGCUUAUAGAUACUUUUAUUUCAAACAAUGCAAAAAGGAUAUUACUUUUUAAGUAACAUUGUAAAAAAAAAAAUCUGAAUCAAUGUAAAAAAAAAUUAUUUGAUCAAUAUAAUUAUUUUUAUUUU